AUGGAGAAUGCUCACAGGAGACUCACUAUGGGAAAAUGGAUUCACAAGAAUCUUUUAAAAAGGAGGAGUUUUUGGGAAGUUAAGGGUCAUACUCAAAUGGGUUCUUGGAUGUGGAGGAAGAUGCUUAAGUUGAGAGAGGUAGCUAAAAAUUUCUAUAGGAUGGAGAUUGGAAAUGGAAGACACAUCUCGUUUUGGUACGAUAAGUGGUCUGAUAAGGGUAUUAUAGCGGAGGUUUUGGGUGAUAGAGGGAUGAUUGGUUUGGGAAUAAGGAAAGAAGCUACGCUAGCAGAGGCUGCGUUGAGGUUCAGAGGUAAAAGGAAGCACCGGCUAGAAGUUCUGAAUGAGUUGGAGAGGAGUUUAGACACUGUGAGAAGUUUGAUCUGUAAUGAAAGUGAAGACAUAAGUACAUGGAGAGGUAAAAUGGGUUACAAACCAAACUUUUCAACUCGUGAGACUUGGGACAAAUUACGAGAGUUAUGGAGGUAUCUAGUUGGUGGGAUUCUUGACAGUUCUUAUACGGAUGGUUGGACUGAGAUAGUGCAGAAGACGUCGGGUAGUACACUGGAUAAGAAGAGUUUAUUUUGCUUGAGGUAUGCAUUACAGACUGCUACUUAUGCAAUUUGGCGAGAGAGAAACAGAGUGAAGCAUGGGGAGAGGCUAAUGCCAUUGGACAUUCUGAAAAAGAUCACUGAAAAAGGGAUCAGAAACAAGCUUAGUUUGAUUAGAAUGAAGGGCGGGAGAGGUAUGGAGAAUGCUCUCCAAUAUUGGUUCCAAACAAGAGGAGUGUAG